UGCCCGCGACCCCCAAACCUGGCUUGCCGGUCAACACCUCAGGUAAUAAGUUUCAUUUACAAGUAGAACAAAAAUGUCUGCCAUGCUCCGUCAACAAGGCCUCGUCUCCCGGCCUGCUGCGCGUAGCCAGCAGGUCCGCCCUGCGGUGGCUCGUCCCCGCACCGCGGUGGUCGUUCGGGCGGAGAGCCGCAACAGCGACAGCUUCGUGGCUGGCGUUGUGGUCGGUGGCGUUGUGUUUGGUGCUCUGGGCUUCCUCUUUGCCCCUCAGAUCUCCAAGGCGCUCCUAGGCGACGACCAGCGCCUGAAGCUGCCCCGCUUCCUUGAGGACGAGCAGCCUAAGGACCCGGAGCAGACUAAGCAGGACCUUAUUGAGAAGAUUGCUCAGCUCAACGCCUCCAUCGACGAGGUGGCCGCGCAGCUGAAGGUGAAGGAGGGCGACGGCAUGAAGAUUGAGUCGACGCCGUAAGCAGCUGAAUGAGCAUCAGCCGACGCCAAGUGCUUGCGGGAGUGGUUGCCAGCCGGCACGGGUAUGGCACGCUGGCGAGGCGCCCGCGUGGAUGGGCCGUGGCUGGUGGUGAACAUGCCAUGCGCAUUGCGAGCCUAAUGCAUGCGGUGACACCGGUAGCCAGUGAUUGGACAACUGAUGCGGCGGAACUCGCGGCAGGCGCAGCUGGGAAUGCGCUGGCGGCAAGUGACAUAGGGCGAGUACGGGCAGAACAGCCAGGCAGCGGAUGCGGAGCGCCUACGUCACAAGGUUAGACAGCCUGAGCGAGAUGUAGUUGUGGGUGUGUGCGCGUGUGUGUCAAUGGAGUAUGUGUUUCGGAACCACGCGCGGCAGGUGCAACUGGCGCGGAAGCCAGAAGUCUGACCGCACGUGGGAAGGGGCAGGAGAGGGAUGGGUGAAACGCUGCGCACAGUCCCCACCGGACGUGGGCGUUACAUGGCGUGCCUAGUGAGAUGGAGUCAGCGGCUAGUCAGUUGGGUGCAGCGAGUUGCAUUGUGGUAGGAAUGUUCCGCAGAUGGAGCAAAUGGGUGCGACAGCUGUGACAAGGGGCUGCGGGAUGCGCGGGAUGGUUGCCUCGCCGCCCACGCACCAACCGCAGAAGAGUUGUUAUGUUCUUGUAAUGAACUGUCUGC